UUUACUUGUUCCUCCAAGACCUUUAAGGCAAGCUGUCAAGGUUUUCCACAAGGCAGUGAGUUUGCAGGUAUCACCUUUUCUCCCCAGUGCUGAGAACAGAUCACAACGGUUCUGUAAGCCAGGGAGAAAAAAAAACCACAAACCCUUUUGUAAUUAUCCAUCAACAACUCGGUUUGGUAUCUACCAGCUGCUCUCUCUGUGUGUCCCAGCCCUGGACCCCUGCUCCGCCUACAUCAGCCUGAACGAGCCCUGGAGGAACACGGAGCACCGCAUCAACGGCUCGCACGGGCGGCCCACGUGCGACAGCGGCAUCGACGGCGAGUGGUACCGCUUCACGGGCAUGGCCGGCGACGCCAUGCCCACCUUCUGCAUCCCCGAGAACCACUGCGGCACCCACGCUCCCGUCUGGAUGAACGGCAGCCACCCGCGCCCGGCCGACGGCAUCGUGCGGCGCCAGGCCUGCGCCAGCUUCAGCGGCAACUGCUGCCUCUGGAACACCAGCAUCGAGGUCAAGGCCUGCCCGGGGGGGUACUACGUGUACCACCUCAGCAAGCCCAGCGUCUGCUUCCACGCCUACUGCGGGCAUUUUUAUGACAUCUGUGAUGUGGUGGAUUGCCAGGACUCCUGCCUGGACACCGGUGACUGCACGUGUUCCCCGGGUACGACACUCGGACCUGAUGGCCAGACAUGCCUUGAUGAAAAUGAGUGUGAGCAGAACAACGGGGGCUGCAGUGAGUUCUGUGUUAACCUGAAGAAUUCCUUCCGCUGCGAGUGCGGGGUCGGGCGCACGCUGGGAAGCGAUGGCAAAACCUGUGAAGAAAUUGAAGGCUGUCACAAUAACAAUGGAGGCUGCAGCCAUACCUGCAUUGAAGUGGAAGGCACCUACCAGUGUGAAUGUCCCAGGGGACUUGUGCUGUCAGAAGACAACCACACUUGCCAGGUUCCAGUGCUGUGCAAGUCCAGCUCUAUUGAGGUGAACAUCCCAAAGGACCUGGUUGGAGGCCUGGACCUUUCCCUCAUCAACACUUCGUGCAAAGGCGUGUCCAACGGCACUCAUGUCAACAUCCAUUUCUCCCUGAAGUCCUGUGGAACCGUUGUAGAUGUAAUCAAUGACAAAAUCAUUGCCACCAACCUGGUGACUGGCUUGCCCAAGCAGACGCCGGGGAGCAACGGGGACAUCAUUGUGCGCACCAGCAAGCUGCUGAUCCCGGUGACCUGCGAGUUCCCGCGCCGCUACACCAUCUCCGAGGGCUACGUGCCCAACCUCAAGAACUCUCCCUUGGAAAUCAUGAGCCGCAACCAGGGCGUCUUCCCCUUCACCCUGGAGAUCUUCAAGGACAAAGACUUUGAUGAGCCCUACAGGGGUGAUCUUCCCACCCUCAAGCUUCGGGACUCCCUGUACUUUGGGAUUGAGCCCUUGGUGCACGUUAGUGGACUGGAGACACUGGUGGAGAGCUGCUUUGCCACUCCCACCUCCAAAAUUGAUGAGAUCCUGAAGUACUACCUGAUUCAAGACGGCUGUGUUUCUGAUGAUUCCGUGAAGCAGUACACGUCAAAGGACCAUCUUGCCAAGCACUUCCAGGUUCCUGUGUUCAAGUUUGUGGGCAAAGACAACAAGGAGGUGUUCCUGCACUGCCGCAUCCUGGUGUGCGGGGCGCUGGACGAGACCUCGCGCUGCGCCCAGGGCUGCCGGAGACGCGUGCGCAGGUCGGCCGAGCAGCGGGAGGAGCAGCAGGACAAGGAAUCUGUUCACGUGGCAAACCACCUCCUGACAGGAGGCCCCAUCAGGAUCGACUUUGAUGACUGACACCCACCCUCUGGAACAGCAUCCCUGGUCUUCCUUAUCACUGUCUUCUGUUGUGGUUGUUUGAGAAAUCAGAGGUAUUUGUUAAAGCCCCGCUUGAACCUCAGGACUCAUUUCCUUAAUUCCGUGGUGGUUAUUUGUCAAGUGUUUUGGGCCCAUGAGGCAGCCCUUGGAGUGUGACCUGGACUGCAGAGCAGUUUGGUUUUAUCUGUAUUUCUCCCCAACAGUCCUUUAGCUGAAGGGACCCUGUUUCUUUGCAGGCCGGAAGUGUUACCCAACUUUGCCUUUCCGUACAUCCACCUACAGGCCCCAGGACUGUUUGUCCUUGACUAAACAAAUGUUAUCCAAGCCCUUCUUGCAUCAGACAGUACAAACAGUAUCAUAGCUGAGUGUGUUUGCUGUGCAGCUCUGUGAGUGAUGCUGAGGAUUUCAGGUGACUGUUAAUAAAACCGUGUAUAAAAUAUAUCUCAUCAUGUGUAAGUUCCUUGGAGCAAUGCAAUUGUCAUUACAGGCAGCUAAAGCUCAGAUCUAUCACAGGCACAUUCAAAUGGGAUUUUAAAUAGCAAAAGGUAUUUAAGGAGAUUUGAUUUUUUAGGGGCUUUUGAUAAUUGCAUGAAGUUUAAUAGUGUUUCCUCCUGUAUUUAGUGUAUCAUUAUUCUUCUCC